UACAUACAGACACACACACACACACACACUUCAGUCUGCUCCAGUCUGCGCUGCACACACAGCACCAACAUGGCUUUCCUGCACUCGUCUCUCUGCCUGCUGCUGGUCCAUGUCUGCGCCCUGAGCCGCGGCGCCUGGGCCAAGGUGGAUCUGGCCGUGGAUGACAGCGUGGAGGUCUACCUGGGCGACUCGGCUCAGAUCUCCUGCCAGUACAACUUCUCUGCCGCCAGCCAGCCCAGCGUGGUCAUGAUCCAGUGGUUUGUGAGAGCCGUAGGUAACAGCUCACGGAUGCGGAUUUUCUACGGCGAUGACAGCCAGCAGAUGGUGGAUGACAACACGCCCUACAGCGGGCGCAUCGCCGUGACCUCAGACCAGCAGGCGAGUCUGCUCGCCAUCCAGGACGUCCGGCUUUCUGACGAGAGGGAGUUCUUCUGCCAGGUCAACGGGCUCGCUGCCGGCAACGCCGAGGGCAAGACGCACCUCAGAGUGUUUGCUCCUCCAGAGGCUCCAGUGAUCGAAGGCGUCCUGACUGGGAUUUCUGUGACCAACGAGCUGCCGUCCAAGGUUGCAUCCUGCGAGGCCCGGAACGGCUUCCCGAAGCCCAACAUCACCUGGUACAGGAACAGCACGCCGCUGCUGCCGGCACAAGGACAUGUGAACGUGUUGACCCUGGUGACCCGCGAGUCCAACGGCUUCUACUCCGUCCAGAGCACGCUGGAGUACAAGGUGCUGAAGGAGGACAAGGACGCUCAGUUCGUCUGCGAGGUCAGCUUCUCCGUCCCCGGAGCCGUCAGGACAGCCGAGUCCAAGGCCGUCAACCUCACCAUUUACUAUCCCACCACCAUGGUGGAGCUGUGGAAGGAGUCGCCUCAGGGUUUGGUCAAAGAGGGGGACACUGUGGAGCUGCGUUGCCAGGGCGACGGCAACCCCCCGCCACCCUUCGUUUUCAGCAGAGAACAAGAUCCGGCUGUGGACCUGGAGAGCCGAGGCAACGUGCUGAUGCUGUCGGCGGUGUCGCGGAAAGACAGCGGCGUGUAUCGGUGUCGCCCCCUGGAUGUGGAGCCCCUCGCCGAGGUCACGGGGGACGUGCAGCUCACCGUGCACUACCUGGACCCCGCCGUGGUCGUGCCCAAAGACUCGGAGGUCAUGUUUAAAGGAGAGAGUCUGACAGCGACCUGCAACGCCCUGUCCUCGCUGAAAACCUCCACGGUCUGGUACAAGGAUGGGAAGCAGGUGGGCACGGGAAACACGCUGCUCCUGCAGGACGCCACCUACGAAACCACAGGGGAGUAUGUGUGUGAGGUGACCGUCCCCUCCCUGCCGGCCCUGCACACCAGCGGCUUCGUUCACAUCAUCGUCCAAGGUGCGCCCCAUAUGCACGAUAUGGACCGGGAGGUGGAGCUGGAGGAGGCCACCGGCAGGCUGGUCAACCUGAGCUGUGAAGCCCACGGCCACCCGCUGCCCAGCAUCUCCUGGAGCAUCGUCGGCAGCCAGGGCUGGCACGAGGUGGUGAGCAAGGCGAACGAGCACACGGCACACAGCGUGGUGUCGGUCAAAGUAACCUCAGACAUCAGCGCUCUGUGCAACGCGUCCAAUGACAUGGGCACCGAGAUCAAGGCUUUCAGCAUCAAAGCCAUUCCCAUGGUCACUUCAACAGCUCCCUUCUCUCCUGCUGAGGGCAACGGAGUGAUCAUUGUGGUCAUUAUACUGUGCAUCCUGCUGCUGGCCAUCCUGGGCAGCAUUCUCUACUUCCUCCACAAGAAGGGCAAGAUCCCAUGUGGACGUUCAGGGAAGCAGGAGAUCUCCAAAGAGAAUACCACCAAAGAUGACAUCGUCGUGGAGAUGAAGACCAACCCGAUGGAGGAAGCUGUCCUCCUGAAGGGCGUCAACGGAGACAAAAAGAGCCCGAGCGACCAGUAAAGUACAUGGACCUGCAGAAGUGAGCCAUGCCGCACACUGGCGUCUUCGUCCGGGACGGCAGCCGCUCGGUCGGUGUGUGUUGGAGCCGAAGACCCCAGAGGAGCCAUGGAGGCGACCCGCCUGACGCCUCAGCCCGGACGUCUCUCCAUGCAGCUUUCUGUUCAGCAGUGUUCAGAUCUGGCCAAAUUCACACAUGAACCCACAGUCACACACACACACACACACACACACACACACACACACACACACACACACACACACACACACACACACACACACACAGAGCAAAGUGUGUAUAUGUACAGUUUUUGGAGGAUGUUGGAAUCGUUCCGUUGCAUUGUGUCCAGUUUUUUCUACUAUUUCCCUGAAUCCUCUUUAGCCGUUUGUUGUUUUUGAGUGUGCGUAUGAUAACAUGUCUUAUCUGCAUCAUAAACUUUAUAAAAGUGUAUAUAUUAUAUAUAUUUUAUUUAAGAUAUUUUGGCACUCAGAUUUUCAUGACAUUUCACGGUUGCCCUGGUUUCACUCGGUUGGUGUUGGGCAGUGAAAUCCUGAGGCUUUCCUCAUGGCCUGCUGGUGGAGGCAGAGAAAGACAAACCUUGAAGCCGUGUUGGACAGUCAGCUGGGUCUAAACUCCCCCCUUCCUUACAUCUGAUCUCCUAUGUUUGAGUUUUUCUUAGAUGGAAAUACAUGUGUAUAUGGGAAUUGCUCAAACAUCACAAGAUUGAAGUUUCGUUCUUCUGCUUCAUGCAAGGAAGUAGCGCUGUUUUCAACCCACAGUCAUCGGUCGUGUGGCUGUAAAGCACUUUGUCUUUCCACCGCCGCCCGCCGUUGGACGAUAAGUGAGGCGGGUGUUGGGCUUUGGCAGACAAUCCGGGCUCACGUGGUUUUUGCAGGAUGUGAGCACAUAAAGAAACAAGACAGGCAAGGUGUUGGCAGUUACACUCACCGGCAAAAACACUAAAGAUGGUCGUCAAAAUAACUCAUAGGUCAUUCCCAUAGGUAAUCCAGGUAGGAGUCCCUGGAGGUUAGGGUCAAAGUUGGUAAAAUAUGGGGGAAAAAGAGCAGACUGCAGCCUCGUACUCACUAUAAGACAUGAGAUUCUCCUCCACUGGAAACCCCAAAAUGGCCUCACAUGGUCCUAAAAAACAAGGGAUACGCUGAUUUUUUGACUUUGUCUUUAUCUUUUUUCACUCGUUAAUUAUAUUGUAGAGAAAAAAACUUCUACCUUCAUGCAUUUGAUAUUUGGAAAAAAAAACAUAUUGCAAAGAGUUAUGUUUUGAAAUCGUACAAAACGUCAGGCAUUAAAGCAGCGCCCAUGCUCGAUCUGCGGGUUUUUGAUGGCAGACACCAAUAUUUUUAGAUCGAAGGCGCCGAUUGUCAAUAUAUGUUUCCGAUGUUUAAUCUGAAUCAUUUUCCUGCCAUAAAUGAUAGGAACACACUGCACUGUAUUCGCCAUACUGACACUGUAUAUCGGCCCACCCCUAAUCCACAGUGUUAGCUCAUGUAGAGCGAGAAGUACGUUGGUUUUUCUCGCGCUAACGCCGUUUUCAGGAUGGGCUCGGUGGAAAUGCCAGACUGACCGGGCUGCAGCUCCUCUCGUGCUUUUGUGUAAAUACGUUUAGUGUGAAGAACUUCUUGUGGUGGCCUUGGACUCUUCCUGAGGGGGAAAAGGCUGUCUGUUAGGAAUCUGCAGUGCCUGUUGAAACGUUUCUUUUGAGAAUGCACCAUACACUGAAUUUUAUUUCUCUGUCUCUGGUUUGCUCUGUGUUUUAUUUCUCUGUGUUCUGGCUUAGAGCUAACGAGUCUUAAAGGCCAAUUUUGUGUAAAUGGUACACUGAUUGCUUACCCUUUAGGUUAUGUGAAACUUUUUAUUUUUUAUUUUUUUUGUUCAAUAGCCCAAUGACUUGCAAUUUAACAAAGUAGUGGUAUGUUUUCGAAGCUUUUCCCCCGCACUGUGUCCAGAAUUUAAAUGACUGGAAAUGUUCAGUUGUGUCUUCAAGCAGCGUGCAGCGAGACUUUGAUCUGUGAUUCUGGUCAGCCAUAGUUAGCCCAGAUGUUACGCAGUAGAUGUUAUGCUGCAUUCAGCUCAUGUUUGGUUAUAUUAGGUUUGAAUAUGAGCUGCUGACGGGGAGAAACUGCUAAUUUCGGCUUCUGGAGUGCAAGUACAAAAACAUGGGAAUAUUUUUUUUCUGUCUUGGAACUGUGGAAGUGUUUUAAUAAAACCGGCAAACAUGGUAGCAAAGCCAUAGAUGUUAGCAGUCGAGUGUAAGAAAGUCAGCUCCAUUCAUACUGCUGUUGUUUGUUCAUGGUUGAUUGUAAAUUCAUAACAUAAUUUUGAGAGUGUGUGCCAAUCAGUCAAACAGGGGAACCUCUUUUUGCUCAGUGUUCAGUUGGGAACGCGCUCUACCAUUCAGAUUCAUUUAGAUGAGAGACGGGACCACAAACCAGAGAAACCAAAGUGACUGAGUGGCUUUAAUGUGGAACAGCUCGACUGCACAAAGCCAAAAAAAUCAAAGUGUUUUAUACAUGAUAGUUCACAAGUUUGGCAAAUCAAACAUUUAUGGCUUGAGCCAUGAAUGUGCACCCAUCUUUUUAAUUUAAGAUGAUUGGCAUUGUUUUGUUUGUAGCUCUGUAUUGUAGGUUUGGACCUGCACAGUUCAGUUUUGUUCUUUUGUUUUUUCAGAUGUGUGUAAACUAGUUCUGUACAUGUGAUUCUUUGAUGCUUGCAUUUUUAUAUUUUUUGCAAAAAAGUUAAAAAUAAUAAUACUGAAUAAAAUGCUUCA